AUGGAUAAAGCCAAUGCCGAGUGGGCAAAGGACAUUCCGUGCAAAAACAUCACGAUUUAUGGCUUUUGCAAGUACGAAAAUGAAGGAUGUAUCUUCAACCAUGGAAAAGACACCAACAGCGGUAUAAGCAGUCGACCGGCCCUGAAUAGCAGUCUAAGCAGCAAGUUCAAUGCAAAGACAGCUCCGUCUUUCACGCCUUCAAAGGCUUUGAAUGCCAAAACUAGCUCAUCAACGGCGAUAAAGGCCGAAAAAGUGGCCAAAGCACUGCAAUCCGUCGCAGACCAACAACCGGCAGUUUCGUCGCCGUUGGCUGCGCAGUCGGCCCCAUUUGCGUCCUCUUUCAACCCCUAUGCGGCCAACUUCACACCGGUGGGAUCUGCUGGUGCCGCCGGCGCGUCUUCUCCGCCCUCUUCUGCUCCUGCGCCAGCACACUCAGCGUUUAACCCCUACUCCGCAUCAGGCGGACUUUCCACACCAGGCGACGAGCUGAAUCCAAUGCAAUCCUCAACUGGGUUUAUGUCAGGCUCUCCAGGGCCUUUCGCACAAGAGUCCUCUAAUAGACACACUAAUUUCCCUUCGAUAUAUCCGCCGAGUCAUUCAAUCUUACAAUAUCACCUAUACGCUGCAGACCCACCUCUCCAUUUGAAGCUGCCGCUAAAACCCAACGAACGAUCUCCAGAAAUGCUUUUCAUCCCCAACGACAUCCGUGAGGAAUUGCUGAAGAAGAAUCAGGCUGCACUGCAAGUAUUUCCUUCUGGUGGAAAUUUGCCAGAGAUUGUGGGCGACUACUUCGGCCUAGUUCCACUAGAAUUUCACAACAGAGUUUCGAAGACAGACAGAUACCAGGGUCAUCAAAACUCUCUUUACAAAGUGUUCUCCAAUUUUGAUGGGAAGAUCUACAUAAUGCGUCGAGUCCAUGAUGUCAAAAUACUCGAAACGUCGCAAAUCUCGCAGCCCUUUCAAAAUUGGAAAAAGCUUGUUAAUUGCAACGUCGCAGAAAUUCGCGAUGCAUUCAUAACUCGCGCCUUCAACGAUUCCUCACUGUGUGUGGUGCACGAUUAUUUCCCACAAUCAAGCUCGUUGUAUGAAACGCAUUUCGUCAAUUUCAGCCCGGCUCCGCUUACCCAAGACUUGCUGUGGUCAUAUCUUGUUCAGCUUUGCAGCGCUGUUCAGGCGGCUCAUUCGCUGAAUCUUGCGUUCAACAAUAUCUGCCUUGACAAGGUAAUAGUCACAGGUAGCCCAGGACGCAUCAAGAUCAGCGACUCGUGUGUGCACGAUAUUCUGCAUUUUCAAGAAGACGUUGACAUUGUUCAGCAACAGCAAAAUGACUUCUCGGAUAUGGGAUCUUUGCUGCGAGAUCUGAGCUCCAAAAUUUUAGGUUCCAAUCAUGACGCAACGGCUGUUGAUGCUGCGGAUCAUGAAUUUCGCAAGAUUCUGAACUACUUGCUCGACCCAAGUCCUGCGGGACCCAAAUCGCUGAACAGCCUUCUGCCGAUGUUUGCACACAAAAUACUCUCAGUAACAAGCGCACUUCAAACCUCCGCUGAGUAUACCGAAUCCAUUCUGGCUCGGGAGCUGGAAAAUGCACGUCUUUUUAGACUCAUGUGCAAGUUGAAUUUCAUUUUCGGACGCACUGAAUCUCGCAUCGAUAUCAAUUGGUCCGAGGCUGGCGAUAAGUUUCCUAUAAUACUAUUCUACGACUACGUUUUCCAUCAAAGUAACGAGUUGGGACGACCUGUCAUGGAUCUUACACACGUUCUAAGGUGCCUUAACAGGUUAGACGCUGGGACAAGCGAGAAACUCAUGCUGGUCACCCCAGAUGAGAUGAAUUGCAUAAUAAUCAGUUACAAGGAGCUCAAAGAUCUGAUAGAUUCGGCUUUUCGAGCAAUGUCGCAAUGA